UCAGUUGAGCUAAAGAUAACCUGAUUCUUUCUACACUUUUUACACAACAUUUCGAUAAGGGUACCUACAUAUGUAUAUCAUUUACUGCAAUAAAACAUCAGUGUUAAAAUUAAUCUCAUUGAUAUAGCAACAUAAGUGCGUGUGUGCAUCUUGUUCGUUUCUCAGUUUAGUCAAAUUUUUUGCGGAAAGACGUGGGAAUUGCAUUUUGCAACACAAAUGCCAAUUAUAAAAGCAUAGUGUGCCAUAUAUUUUAUGAAAAGUUGCGUUACGAUUUAAGUUAAUAUGGACAGCAACGCGGCGCAAAAUAAAACAUCAGAUCACGAUUAUUCAGAAUUUCUCAGCGAGUAUUUGUUGCAAACAAAAUCCCAAAGCAACGAGUCCGAAGUAAAUUAUGAAGAUGGGGAAAUGGAAGCAGAGUGGUUGGUUUCCGCCGGAUAUCCAGAAUUGACUAAACCAUUUAAAGAAGGAUUAGAGCUUCGUAUUACUGAACUGGAUCCUGUAAUCACAACAUUAUCAAAGCCUCAUGCUGAAGUUAUAAUUCAACGCGUAAAAGCCUUAAAUCAAACAGUAAGGGGACGCACAAAAAGUCGGUCAAAGCGAAAGCCUGACAUACGAGAUGUAUUCCGUGAUUUUGAUGAAUCGAGUACAGGCACACGUUCACGGAGUGCAACGCCGGAUUCAUUGGAUUCCAUACACGCCGAUGAGGUUUGGCUAAAUAGUUCUGUAUCAAGCUUUGUAAGUAUUGUUGAAAAAAAUGGGGAAACUGGCACCAAAAAGGAUGAUCAAUUAAAGGACAAACAUUUAAAACAUGACUUGAGAAGAACACCCAGCGCUCCACUUAAGAGUACCACAAGUUCAGAUAUAUUUCGAGGAUCACAUGUAAGAUGUGAUAUACCUCUGUAUUCUGCGCAUGGUGUAGAGUUGCUUGGCUUCUCACGGAUUGGAACCAUACAUUUUCCACGAAAUCGAUCCGGAUCAGAUCCCUUUUGCUCAGCUGGUGGACCACGUGAAACACUCUUGCAGGAUUUACAAAGUGAAAAUAAUGCAUCAUCAGGGAACUCUUGGAUUGAGUGCGCAGAUACUCUACAAAACAAAAAAAACAAUCAAGAACAGUCUUUGUUAGAUGAUCCGAGCAUGCGCCUUCCUUCCGUACCGUGUAAUGGUCUAAGCUUUGAAAGUAUUUGUCGAGAUAACUCUAGUCAAGAACGCGAAGAAGAAUUAAAUAUUUGUGAUAUUUCAUCAAACUUAUGCUCAGACAUAGCUUUACUAAGCGAAAUUGACCUAAAACAUUUACAGAAAAUACUUUGGUUAGAAUUAGCCACUAUAUUUGACAGUAACCAAGUUUCGCUUGACAAAAGAAAGCCUUUUAAACGUCGUCGCAAAGAAGAGGGCAGCCUUUUUGGUGUAUCCCUGAAUGCUCUUAUCCGAAGGGAUCAGCAAGUAACUGGGACUGACUCCACAUUAGUACCAUUAUUUUUGGAAAAUUUGCUUGCCGAACUUUCACAACGUGGGUCCAGAGAAGAGGGAAUUCUUCGAAUAGGUGGACAUAAGCAAAAGACUGAUAUUCUUUACAACGAAUUUGAGUUAAACUUUUAUCAAAAACCAGAAAAGUUAGCUCAUGUUUUUGCCACAGCUUCAGUACACGAAUUAGGCGCUCUGCUAAAACGAUGGUUACGUGAACUUCCCCAGCCAUUACUUACUAAUGAACUUAUAAAACUAUUUUAUCAAUGUCACGCACUUCCAUUGAUAAAUCAAAGAAAUGCAUUAUCAAUUGUAUGUCAACUGCUUCCACCUGAAAAUAGGAAUACAUUGCGUUCACUGCUAAAAUUUUUAAACUUUAUCAUUGAUCUAAGUGACAUAAACAAAAUGAAUCUGCACAAUAUAUCUACGAUAAUUGCUCCUUCUUUUUUUCCACCACGGUUUAUACACCCGAGUGACAAAAACAGCAUUCCAGAGCAAGUAAAGAUGGCCGCACAGUGUUGCCAUUUGACGAAAGUUUUAAUAUUGCGUGGGGAAAAACUUUUCCAAGUUCCAAAUAAAUUGAUUGAAGAAUCUAAGAGUUAUAAGUUAAAUAUGGGCAAAAAAGGAUGGCCCCGGCGAGACAUAAUGUCAAUUCAUGAAACAACUUAUCCAAGUGGACGAGAAAACAAUAGUAGCAGCGAAUCCAGCACUGCAGUUGUUAAAAAUCCUUUGAGUAAUACAAAUCAUGUACAUCGCUUUGUUAUUUGACAUACGUGAUUGUUAUGCGGUUGUAAAUGGUGCUUUUAUUUGUAUUUCAAUAAACAUAAAAAUGUUAUAUUUUUAAGCUUAAAACACA